AUAUGUUAGUAUGGACUAGUUACAUGGUUUGCCUAAAUAACUGAAAUAAAUUGUAAACAUCCAUUCUGAUGAAUUAUAUUUGCUCCUCUUACAUGUGGGCAGGUACGAACUGGGUGUUUGAGGUGUUAAUGAUGUUACUGCGGCGGAAGGUGGAGCGGGUGGACAUCACUAAGCUCGUGACAAUGAUUGAGGCGCAAGGAGCGGAGGAUGUGGACAAGGCAUCCUCUCCCAGGGUUAUCAACAGUCAUCUUCCACCAAGAUUUUUGCCCAAAGACCUGGCACAGAAGAAGAUAAAGACGAUGUUGUGUUUGCGAAAUCCAAAGGACACGGCCGUCUCAUUUUUCAACCAUAUGCGGGGCAUGAAAAUGUACAACUACGGUAACGGACAAUGGAAAAAACAGAACGGGAUGAAAGAAAUGGAAAGGCUUGUUACAUUUCUAGAGAUCGAUAUAUCGGACAGUUUGAAGAGAGAUAUACUAGACAUGUGUGGCUUCGAAAAGAUGGCUGCGGAAAAGAUUACCAAAAAAGAAGAAUGGCUGUUUAAUGAAAACUUUCGUUUCUUUAGGAAAGGUGAGGUUGGGGACUGGAAGAACUGGUUUACGCUGGAACAGAAGGAAUACUUCGACUCCGAGUGGAACACACAGAUCCGAGCAGAUACCAUCUUUCAGUUCAAAUACACACAUAAUUUAGAAAACUCCUAAUACAAGUUUGUUUGGCCUGACUCAUUAAAAUGCUCAUGAGCCGAACGUUCGUUUAGCAUCUCCGAUGGUCAAUCCGUAUUUUCGUUUUGGGGAAAAGGAGGUAAAAACAAAACACAGAAUGCGGGUGCGUUGUGGUGAAACAUUUUUUUAAUUAUGCCCUUACUGAAUACUUUGUUAACCGGGUAGUAGAGUUUUUAUUAUUUUGAUUGUGCAAGAAAGAGUGUUUUGGUGAAAUUGUCGGAGUAUAUCAAAUAUAUGAACACUUGAGAAAGAAAUAAUGUUAGUAUACAUAUUUGCACACGAAAUAACUUGUACUUGUCUAUCGAAACAGAAAUUAGCUAUCUUAUGAUUGAACUGAUGAUGACUGAAUGAUUGACAAAAAUGACAUCAAAACGCACUCUUUUACAUGAAACAGCUGUUUUGUUUAUUUGUGGAUUAGAAUUAAGCCUUUGACUAUCUGGUCAGGCCAAAUAUAUGGUUUAAAUUAUAUAAAUUAGGUCUAAGAGGAAAAUUGUUAAGUGUUAUAAAAAGGCAUAUAAUAUCUUAUCAAUGUUAAGACACAAGUUAACUUCUUUGGGAAACUGGUGAACUGUUUGAAAGUUUUCUCGGUGUCCGGCAAGGGAAUGUUUAAGCCCUUUUAUAUUUUCCAUGUAUCUUAAUGACCAAGGAGACGAGUUGUGUCUGAAUGGAGCCAAAGAUAUUGAUCUUAACACGUUGUAACUCUCUUUAUUUAUGUAUGCAGAUGACAUUGUGAUUUUUGCAAAUACCAGUGAAGAAAUGCAAACUAAUCUUAACAUUUUAGAAAAUUA